AUGAACAGCCAGACUGGCCCUUGGGGGACUGCCCUGGCAAGCGCAGAGGCCCCUCCAAUACCUCCAAGCUGCAAAAAGGCAGGAAGGGAAGACCUCGGCCUGCUCGGCGCAUCAGCAUUCAGAGGAGAGGAGGUCCACGAGGCUCGCUAUUUUGGGGCCAACAACCCCUGUGCUCUGAACUCCAGUCCGAAUGGGGAUUCACCCCACACUCAGCUACCUGUGGGCGCUGACCCAUAA